AUGGCCAAAUCCAUAGAUAAUUGCAUCGAAGCUUAUCAUGCGUCUGAUUAUUUUCAACUCGAACAAUUACAAGAAAUAAUUGUAAUCUACGUUAAAGAAUUGCUUGAAAGAUGUCAAAAUUUUGAUAAUCAUGCAAGAGAAAUUGCUCCUAAAUUAUUAUCAAGAGCAGUAGAGAAAAUGUCUCCCUCCGCUGAUAAUGAAUUGUUUACAUUAUUAAUUGAAUGGGUUGCAAAAAUUCCUUUGGAAGUUAUUGGGUUUGAUACAUUGUCUUUUCAAGCUUUACAAUGCCUACUUUCUCAAACUUAUUCAACUCAAGGUCCUUUUGUUACCCCUGAAUACACGAUAUUUCGUCAUGCUGUCAUACAAGCUACUCAUGAUAUAUCUGAAAAUGCUAUUUCAAUUAUCGAAAGUCAAUUACCAAUUUGGAAUGAAUUAAACAAAUUACAAGAAAAUCCUGAUGAUGAAUCGGAUGAAGAUUUUACUCCAUAUGAAAAAAUUCGUCCCGCGAUAAAAGAAAUGUUAUCAAUAAUACUACCUUUUAUUGAUUUAAGAAGGAUUGAAAUAAAUAUCUUGGCUGAUAUAAUUGAACCUUUACAAUUAUUACCUACAUCACAUUUAUUAGAUGCUUAUAGAUUUCAAGCUAGAGAAAAAAAAUCUUUACCUCAUAUGCGUGGAAUUCCUUUAUUCGAAUGGAAUUUACAAUGGGAAAAAAAUGCUAGAGGUUCAAAUUUAUUAUUAAGGGAAAAUAAUUCCGUGGUAGAAAGUAUUCCUGGUGAAAAUGUAUCCUCAUCAUUGGCGUUGCAACAAUCAUUUUUGGUUUUGAAGGAAGGAUGCAUGACGAUCUUUAGAGGCGAAGUCAAUUAUAUAAGAGUUGUAAUAGCAUCCGACACAUGCAAACAUCCCUUGUCUUCGCCUAUUACUCCUCUUUCAAGGAAUCAAGUUUGA